UUCAGAAACCUGGCAUAAUGAGCGAUAGCUCAACCAGUGGCCCCCAAGGAGGUCAACAAGAAUCCAAACCAACAAACAUAAAAAGUAACAUUAAAAACAACAGUGAUAUCAAAGAUAUGGAAAUUAUGGUCACGAUAGAGCAACCCGAAGUAAUAAUUAAUAAUGACAACGAUAAAGGUAAAGGAAAACAAAUUGACAUUGAAGAAUUGACAAUUGAUAUCGAAGAAAAUAAUGGGAACGAAUGGACUGAAGUAACAAACAAAAAGAAAAAGGCAAAAAACAUAGACAAUACAGCAAUAGAUCCUGAAGUAAUAGAAGAAGAUAAAGAAUCAGUAGUAUCAUAUAAGACUGAUAAUAGUUUUCAUUCUGACUAG